AUGCCACCUAUAGUGGAAGCAUAUAGGUCUGUUGAAGAUCUCAUACAACUACGUCAAUGGUUCUAUGAACCUAAAACCCCAGAGCAACGUCAUAGGGCCGUGUUGCGAGUAAAUGCAUUGGCUUCGAGAGCCACUAAACUACCACAUGGAGUAACCAUGACAUCACUUCUUACAUCAUUACAACUUAAAGAUAAAGACUUGGAUUCACUUGAAAGCGAAUCUACAAUGCAAUUAGCAUAUACUGCUGCGUUAAUUCGGUUUGUGAACGGUCUUUUGGACCCAUUCCAGAAGUCAGUCCAUGCUGCUCCAUUAUAUCGAUUGGCCCAUCAAAUCAACCUUCCCGGUUUCUUUGUAGAACUUAGACAUUGGGGAACUCACGAACAAAUGGCUCUGCUUAAUUUGCUUCGUGAUUCUUGUCUGCAAGCUUUGAACUGGUUAAAGUUACACUAUUGGGAUUUGCUUGACCUUCCAGACGUUCCUGCCACAAAUGAAAAUGAAGACGAAGAAGAAGGUAUAACCAAAUUCGUUAAAACAAACUUAGUUUCUUACAAGAGAAUACGGAAAUCGAACUUGUCCAUGAUAUAUAAGUUUGGAGAUGGAUCUGAAACCGGUGUGAAGUACUGGAAAGCUAUAAAGAAUCUAAAACUGGUGAGCCCUCUGUUGCUUAUUCGUACAAUGAUUAGCAGUGAUUUUCUUAUUUACAACUCACCUGAAAAGUUAUCACAGGGUAAAGGAGUCAAGUUCAAUCCCUUGUUGAUUAAACUAUAUCGUCCUCUUCUUGACGAGCUAGGAAUUGAGUUCAAGUACCAAUUGUUGAAUCUUAUUUUUGAUAUGGCUGAGGGGUCAGUCAGUGCAAUUGAAUGGAAUCAAUUACUUGAAUGGACUGCUUAUCUUACAAGUGAUAUUACCGAAUACCCAGAUCAGGACAUCAAAGGUAUCAUUCUUGACGAUGUGGUGGGUGAAGCCAAGGGACAAGAUAUUAAACGAAUAUUUAUAGAGCAAUUGGUACUUCCAGAAGUCAGAUCAGACCCCAAGUAUUUAAAAUGGUUGAACUCACUUAAAGGCUUUUUCAAAGGUUCAAAACUCAAACUGUUAGUAGUUAACGAAAUAACCAAUGAGAAUUCCAAAACAUUAGCUCAAUUCUCGCUACCUCCUUCCUUAGAUGAUAUCAUCACAUCAGCAUCUGAAAUAGAUGAUUUAGAGAAGGUGGAGGAUGUUGGUGCUCAACCUAGAAAGAAACAAAAAUUAAGGCCGAUGUUUCUUUUCGAGCCCAUACCCGAUUGGAAACCCACACCGAUGGGUAUAAUAUGA